AUGAAGCCCGGCGUAAUCCCUUACCAAUCUGGCGACUUUGAUGUAUCCAAUGGUGUGGAACGCCCUAGUUUGCCACAAUUCCAUUCUACUCACGAUGGCUUCAACAAGCCCCAUGAUAUACCUUUAAAUAAACGUAAUUUCAUGUAUGUACCCUGCGCACCAAUUGCCGAGUUUAGAGAGUUAGGGUAUUGCAAUAGCGAGUAUCCUUUCGAGAAGCCAGGAUUCAACCUGAUGGAUCGUUCUGAUGGUAUCUCAUUGCUGGAAAAUCAUAACGAUAUCAUAGCAGUCAAGAAAUCCACUGGUUGGAGGACUGCAAGGUGUGAUGUUAGUAUUAAAGAAGGGACAACAUAUUGGGAAGUAGAACUUUUGAAAGGUGGCGCUGUUCCAGAUAUGGGAGAUACCGACGAUAUUAGGAGAUCUAAAGAGUUAGUUGAUUCAAGGUCACAUAUAAGAUUUGGUAUAUCGAGAAGGGAAGCAAGCUUAGAGGCCCCUGUCGGUUUCGAUUCAUAUAGCUACGGCAUAAGAGACCAUUCUUUGGAAUCUAUACAUAAGGGCAAGUUAAUUCAUGUGUUAGAGCAAGGUACACCGCUAAAGCCAGGUGAUAUUUUAGGGUUCGUUUUGAAAUUGCCGGAUACUAAGACUCAGAUAGAGCAAGCUAAAGAGUAUACUGAGAGAAGAAUUGCAGCUCUAAACCAAUCGGAUCUAGAAGCCAAUAACAAUGGCCAUAGUAGCAAUCAUAGUGUAGAUCCCUGGAAUCAUGAUACUUCAGGUCCUCAGAAGAAAAAGACCAGGUUUAAUAGGGCACCGUCCAAUAAAGAGUUUCAAAAGGCGCUAUUGGAAUCAAUUGAUUAUAACAACAUAGUUAGAGACCAAAUUGCGAUUAGAUAUAAAAAUCAAUUAUUCUUUGAAGGUACCGAUUACGUAAAGACAACGAAACCAGAAUAUUACUCUUCUGAUAAAAGAGAAAGACAAGAAUAUUACACUUUGAAAGAUUCAUCGUUGGCAGUUUACUUAAAUGGGAAAUAUUUGGGUAAAGCAUUCGAAAAUAUCAAUCCAUUCCUUCCACCAUUUAGUGAAUUACAAUAUAAUGAGAAAUUUUAUUUCAAUUAUUGGAAAAAUGGAGAGUAUUCAGAUGACACCGAUUUCUCCAAUAAAGAUUUGAAUAAGAGUGGUAGCGAUAUAAACUUUUUGAAAUCAACAACCGAAGGCAGUCAUUCGACUAAAGGUGCAUUGCUAAGAAAUAAAUAUGUUAAUAACAAUAAACUUGGAUAUUACCCUACGGUAAGCUGCUUCAACGGUGGUGAGGCCAAAAUUGUCACGACUAGAGGUGAUCUGAGGUACCUUGACGAAGUUAUAAAGGAGUAUGGAGAUCUCUCCAUUAAAACUUUGGACAUUCUUUCAAAGGAAGCAAUCGCUGAAGAUGUUGUAUGGGAUAUGAUCGAUGAAAUUGAAGAGGAGUGUGAAAAAAAGUAA